AUGAAGGCUGUGAGGUAUAUGCGGUUUUCUGAGUUUGUACAUAAUGAAGAUAGAUUGAUAGAAUCCGGGAAUAAAAAGGCCUGUGAUAAAGUUGGAAAUCCUGGGGUUGAUGCCAUUGCCUGCAUUGUCCCUAAUACUUGCAAUGACACUGGCGGGGCUGGCUCAAUCAGAGACGCUGGUGGUGCAUUCAAAAAAAGGGGAAUGGCGAAAGAAUCCCAAUAUUUCUAUAAAAAGGAGAGAGAACUUCUACAGAAAAUAAAAGAAAGCAUGAACGAUCAGAAGCGGUUUCAUGAGGAACAGAUUGCCGUACACAAGUGUGCCUUGGAAAAGAUCAAGAAUAAGGAAAAUACUAUCGAUUGA